AUGGCGACUCACCUGCUUGCCGCUCUGCUGUGCUGCGCUACGGCUCUCCUGGUGGCGGCCACUUCGCCCCCUGUGACAUGCGUCGAUGACGCAGGGGCGGCGGCGACUAUCUUGGCCGUGCAACACAUCAACGAGCAUCACAAGCACGGCUACAAGUUCAAGCUGGAGGAAACCCAAGCCAGCAACUUUCAACAGGGGUCAGACCGUUGCCAUUUUGAUCUCCUGUUGAAGUUGAGACAGACCAAAUGCCACGUCAGCAACCCCAAAUCUCACGAGGACUGCGAAGUCAUGACUCGCACCGACCGGGGCGCGUUGGCCACCUGCAACAGCAAGGUUGAGGUGGUAGGGGGCGUGGCCCACGUUGUCUCGCACAAUUGCGACACCAAAGCAGAGUUCACCAACGCCGAGAUGGCAAUGACUUGUCCCGACUGCCCCGGCUUGACGGCUUUGGAUGACGAGACGGGCGCGAAGGCGGCUCAGGCGGCCGUCAAAAAGUACAACCAGCAGAACAACCAUCUUCACUACUUUGGCCUGAUGGAGAUUUCACAGCUGAAGUCCUUUUACAUCCCGAGCCCGACCGGCGGCACCUUCUUGAGACUAGAGUUCGCCCUGGUGGAGACGGUCUGUCCAAAAGAUUCCAGGAUUGCCCAAGAAGCCUGUGAAGCACGCUGCCCCGAUCGAGCUCAUCACGCCUUCUGCAAGACGAGAUACAGAAUCAUCGGAGGAGAAGUUGGAGAUCUUGACUGUGAACUGUAUCUCCCCAAAGAUAUCACCCCGCUAGCGGACGGCCAGACGGAGCCCACGUGCGUUUUGUUCCACAACAGUCAGGAGGACGCCGCCUGCCACCACGGGACCAACCAACAGAAAGAGGUCCACCAGAUUUGCCCCUUCCCGCCUGCUGUGUCGCAUGCGGGGCAUGCGCAUGCGUGA